UCCAGAAUCGGCCGGCUCUUCGACGGCACGGAGCCCAUUGUCCUCGACAGUCUCAAGCAACACUACUUCAUCGACAGAGAUGGGCAGAUGUUCAGAUAUAUCUUGAAUUUUUUAAGGACGUCGAAACUCCUCAUUCCUGAUGAUUUCAAGGACUACAGUUUGUUAUAUGAAGAAGCAAAGUAUUUCCAGCUUCAGCCCAUGCUGGGAGAGAUGGAAAGGUGGAAACAGGACCGGGAGAGUGGCCGCUUCUCAAAGUCUUGCGAGUGCCUGGUGGUGCGAGUUGCCCCAGACCUUGGCGAGAGGAUUACGCUGAGCGGCGACAAGUCGUUGAUAGAAGAAGUGUUUCCAGAGAUCGGUGACGUGAUGUGCAAUUCUGUCAACGCUGGCUGGAAUCACGACUCGACGCACGUCAUCAGGUUCCCCCUGAACGGAUACUGUCACCUCAACUCAGUGCAGGUACUUGAGAGGUUACAGCAAAGAGGUUUUGAGAUUGUUGGCUCGUGUGGAGGUGGGGUGGACUCUUCCCAAUUCAGUGAAUACGUACUGAGACGAGAACUCAGAAGGACAUCUCGUGCACCCUCCGUCAUUCGAAUAAAGCAAGAGCCUCUGGACUAAAAUGGACGUGUUUCUUUAUGCAAAAAAAAAAAAAAAAAAA